UCCCGGCAUUGUCCUUUUCCUCUAGUCCCUCUUUCUAGACCUGCGCUCCGCGUGCCUGUAAUUUUCCAUCAGAUUCCUUUCGCGUUUCCCUUCUUUAAAUUUUUCCAGAUUUGUAUCUCUUCAUUGAUCAGUAACCGUUUCACUUUCUCACUCUCCCAUUAGCAGCAGCGGUGGCAACCGUGUAAGAGACGCCUAAUUCCAUUCUCUCCGUUCUUGGAUCCGUUUCUUUGAUAUUGACAAAUGAGAGGUUCGUUACCGAAGCAUGAACGCCGAUGGUCCACCGACACUCUUCCCGCCAAAACCACCGUCAGUUCCGACACCUCGCCGGAGACGGAAUACAACUCCGUUGAGGAGUUUGUGGAGGUUACUAUUGAUCUCCAAGAUGAUGACACGAUCGUGGUCAGAAGUGUCGAGCCGGCGACUAAUGUAAACGUUGCUGCUGAUGGAGUUGAUACUCCUGCGUCAGCGUCUUUUUCUAGAUCGCCGACGAUCAGAAGGUGCUCGUCGAACAGGUUGAGGCAGUUUUCUCAGGAGUUGAAGGCCGAACUCAUCAGGAGGUUCUCGUGGAACCAUGGACAAGCGGCGCGUGUGCUUUCCGCUCCGUCCACCUCUCAGGGUGGAAGCGGCAGAUUCGACUCGGCUUUGGCGGCUCGCGCUCUGAGGAAGCAGAGAGCUCAACUCGAUCGGACUCGGUCCGGUGCACAAAAGGCACUCCGUGGACUCAGAUUCAUCAGCAAUAACAAAGCCAACGGCUGGGACGAAGUACAAAAAAAUUUCGAGAAAUUCGCCAAAGACGGCUUCCUCUACCGCGCAGAUUUCGCGCAAUGCAUUGGAAUGAAAGAUUCAGAGGAAUUCGCAUUAGAACUGUUCGACGCAUUGAGCAGGAGAAGGAGAUUGAAAGUCGAGAAAAUCAGCGGAGAUGAGCUUUAUGAAUAUUGGUCCCAAAUCGCCGAUCAAAGUUUCGAUUCUCGGCUCCAGAUCUUCUUUGACAUUGUGGACAAGAACGAAGAUGGAAGAAUAGCAGAGGAGGACGUAAAAGAGAUAAUCAUGCUGAGUGCUUCUGCAAACAAAUUAUCGAGAUUGAAGGAACAAGCAGAGGAAUAUGCAGCUCUGAUCAUGGAAGAGUUGGACCCUGAGAGACUAGGCUACAUUGAGUUAUGGCAGCUAGAAACUCUCCUCUUGCAAAGGGACACAUAUCUGAGCUACAGUCAAGCGCUAAGCUAUACGAGCCAAGCUUUAAGCCAGAACCUUCAAGGGCUAAGGAAAAAGAGUACAAUCAGAAGGAUGAGCACAGAGUUUUUGUAUUAUCUGCAAGAAAAUUGGAAGAGGCUUUGGGUUCUGUCACUGUGGAUUAUGAUAUUGGUAGGGCUCUUCACAUGGAAGUUCUUACAAUACAAACAGAAGCCCGCUUUUAAGGUCAUGGGUUAUUGCCUCCUUACAGCAAAGGGAGCAGCAGAGACGUUGAAGUUCAACAUGGCUCUUAUCCUCUUGCCCGUUUGCAGAAACACCAUUACUUGGCUUCGUUCCACCAAGUUGGGUUACUUUGUCCCUUUUGACGACAAUAUCAACUUUCACAAGACAAUAGCUGCAGCAAUUGUGAUUGGUAUCAUUCUCCACGCCGGUGACCAUCUAGCAUGUGACUUCCCAAGGCUUAUUCAUUCUUCUACAGUCAAUUAUGAUAACGAUUUGAGAUAUGACUUUGGACCCCAUAAACCUACAUACAUAGAUCUGCUUAAAGGGCCGGAGGGAGUGACAGGAGUUCUUAUGAUUAUCUUCAUGACAAUUGCCUUCACACUAGCAACGAGAUGGUUUAGGAGGAACCUUAUCAAGCUACCCAAGCCCUUUGAUAGAAUCACUGGCUUCAAUGCCUUUUGGUAUUCACAUCAUCUGUUUAUCAUUGUCUACAUCUUGCUCAUCAUCCAUGGCAACUUCCUCUAUCUUGUACACAAAUGGUACAAGAAGACGACAUGGAUGUAUCUUGCUGUUCCAGUUUUGUUAUAUGCUGGAGAAAGGACCCUGAGAUUUUUUCGUUCUGGUUUCUAUACUGUCAGGCUUUUGAUGGUUGCAAUUUAUCCAGGAAAUGUUCUCACAUUACAAAUGUCUAAGCCACCUCAAUUUCACUACAAGAGUGGGCAAUAUAUGUUUGUCCAAUGCCCUGCCGUUUCUCCUUUUGAAUGGCAUCCAUUUUCCAUUACAUCUGCUCCUGGUGAUGACUAUCUUAGUGUUCACAUCCGUCAGCUAGGUGACUGGACCCAAGAGCUUAAAAGGGUAUUCUCAGAGGCCUGUGAAGCUCCUGUAGCUGGGAAAAGUGGGCUUCUACGGGCAGAUGAGACAACAAAGAAAAGUUUGCCGAAACUCAGAAUUGAUGGGCCUUACGGUGCCGCUGCCCAAGACUACCGGAAGUAUGAUGUCCUGCUUCUUGUUGGUCUUGGCAUUGGUGCCACACCUUUCAUCAGCAUUUUGAAAGAUCUGCUUAACAACAUUGUUAAGAUGGAGGAGCAGGCAGAUUCUUUAUCGGAUUUAAGUAGGACAUCAGACCUAAGUUUAGGAAGCAAUGAUUUCACCACUCCAAAACGAAAGAAAGCACUCAAGACUACAAAUGCCUACUUCUACUGGGUAACUAGGGAGCAAGGUUCAUUUGAUUGGUUCAAAGGUGUCAUGGAUGAAGUUGCAGAGCUUGAUCAAAGGGGUGUCAUUGAAAUGCACAACUAUUUGACUAGUGUGUAUGAGGAAGGGGAUGCCCGUUCGGCUCUCAUCACUAUGGUCCAAGCGCUAAAUCAUGCUAAGAACGGACUUGACAUUGUUUCUGGGACUAGGGUUCGGACCCAUUUUGCGAGGCCUAAAUGGAAGAAGGUUCUUUCUAAGUUAAGUUCCAAGCAUUGCAAUGGUAGGAUAGGAGUGUUUUAUUGCGGAGCACCAGUCUUGGCCAAAGAACUCAGCAAACUCUGCUAUGAGUUCAACCAAAAUGGUUCCACCAAAUUCGAAUUCCACAAAGAACAUUUCUAAAGAGACCGAGGUUGAGUAAAUAAUGUCUGCACCCUCUUAGAUCUCCCUUGAGCAUAAAAUAAGAAAUAUUAUUCUUGGAAUAAGCCAAAAGGGCAUACUCAGUGUACAGUCUAGGUUAGAGAAAAGAUGAAAAGUAUAAGAGCAUACAAAAAUAUUUUUCAUUAAUUGUAGAUGUAUUUUACCAUACGGAUUGCCAAUAACAACUAUGAAUGACAUUUUUCUGGUUGAGGAAGAUGGCCCUAAGAUCUUGAUUGCUGAGACAUGCUGGCAAGCAUAGAGGUGACACAGAAUGUCAUAUGGAGGAAGUACGGGAAUGAGGGUGAGUGGGGUUACUUAGUGCGGUACAGCUGCAAUGGAAAGGUUGGGGACCUAAUUGACUAAUGAUGAUAAGGCCAUAAUUGAUUGGUACACAAGCGCAGGUGGUACUAGUAGAAGAAGACAGUUUUGAAAAAGUAGAGAAUGAUGGAGUGAAGGGUAGGUUUGUGGACAAUGGAGAUGGGCAUUUUGUCAGUUGAAUUUUCCAAAUUUCCUCUAAGGAAUAUUCCUUGUAGUAGGUUCCUGAGGUUGAUUAUCCAGGUGAUAUAAAUUACACUAUUAUUGUUGUAUUCAUUCUUGUUUGGUUACAACAAAGAUUACGUGUAAAAGCUAUUCAGAUGAACCUUUUUGAAAGUUUUGAGUAAUGCUAUGUGCACAAUACAUUCUACCGAGUGCACAAGCACUCCCUACAUGAUUAGUGUGGGAGUAAUAUAUAUAUAUAUAUAUAUAUACACAUAUAUGUAUAUACAGAUGAACCUUCUUUCUUGAUUAUUUUUAUUUAAUAAUGAUAACUCUUGUAU